UCUGGAGAUAUUCCUGCACCGUCUUCUUCUGUCUGAUAAUCUCUAUUGUUGAGAUUUGAGGGGGACAGGGGGUUGGGUGGGGGGGUAUGAGUUGCACUUCUAGCUCGGCAUUAGUUGAUAUGAGCUGCUCUCGGCUGCUAAGUCCCAGAGGGUUGAUAUUUGAUGAGUCAGCCUUCUUCUUCCAGCACACUGUGUCACAUCAGCUUCAGCCUCGCUGGCAUUUUUCUUCUUCAGGGAAUCCCUCUCAAGCCUGCAGGAGGAGGAGGAUGGUAGAAGUUAGAAGAAGAGAGAGAGAGAGAGAGGAAAGAUGUUUAACCCGAGAAGACGAUCGCCAUCGGGUGAUUUUCCUGAUGUUGUGUUUGUCUGAGUAUCAUGGGUCUCUGAGUAUCUUCAGCAUUUCCUUUGACAUCUUUGAAGACAUCUUUGUUUCCCUGAUCCAAAACCUGUUUUUUCCUACAGACACGUGUUCACAGGGUGAUUUUAGUGAUGGAGGGUAAAGUAGGUUUGGGUGGGUUUGAUAGCUGCAUGUAGAAUAAGGUCAGUAAGAGUGGUCCUGGAGUUUACAUGCUAUCUUUAUUUAGAGCAGUGGUUAUGAAUAACUAGAGAUGCACCGAUCUGAUAUUUGGAUCGAAUAUCGGCUCUGAUAUUGACAAAUUAACUGGAUCAGAUAUCUGAUGAAUGACGCCGAUCCAGCGUUCUGAUCCAGUCUUCAUUUUCUUUUAAUUAAUAUCAAACACAGAAACAGUGAUUCUGUUCGCUCCAUAUUCUGUCUGUCUAUGCUUUUGCACUAAAUGUUAACAUGUAAAUCUAACUUCUUUUUGCUCUGUGCUAAUGAUCAACUUGUUAAUAAAUAAUAUUGAGUAAAUUUAUAUCUGUGUUAAUUUGUUACCUUUUUUUGUCAAGUCUGAUGCCUUCAGUCACAGGGUGAGGUAUACAGUUCACUCAUUCAUCAGUAGUAUUGGAUCAGUAUCGGAUAUUGGCCGAUACACUCAGCCCAGGUAUCGAUAUCGGAUUGGAUCAGAAAAAAAUGGAUCGGUGCAUCUCUAUGAAUAACUAUCACAAAGUGGUGACCUUAAGGGAAUUCAUAUGGAGAUAAGAAAUAUUUGAGUCAGCUUUAAUCAUUUUUACUCCAAAUCUGACAGAUUUUGUUUCUCUCUCCUGUUAUUGUGCCGAGGACCCGGAGUCUGAACCAGAGAAGACUCACAUGACCCAGGAAUGGGGGGAGAACAAACUAACUUUACAGUUCAUGUAUAUAUAUGGUUAAUUUGUUAUACGUAUAUAUUGUUAUAUAAUGUCCUAUUUUGAUGACAAGUACUACGGUGAUAGUGAUGGUGUUACUAAUUUUAGUGAUAAUGUUCUAGGGUUAAUAGCUAAGGCUUUUGAGGCUCUACAUGACUCUAUCUCUCUUUUGUUUGGAUCAAAUUAUUUCUAGAAAAAAAUAUAUAUUUCGCAGUUUUCUAUUAACAGACAUAUCCAAACGUAACCCCCCUCCCCCAAGGCAACAAAAAACAGAUUAAACAGAAAAAUAUAAAAGUAGUCAGACAGUGACCUCUUCUCAUAAGUUCAGAAAAUUGACGUCAGCCGUGACUUUGAGUCAUCCUCCAAAGAUGUUAUUGUUGAAGUUAUUCAACGUCGGUUGUGUGGCGGUGGUUCAGGUAUCUCCAAAGUGACAUCGAGCAAUUAAGCCAAUGUGUAAGGUAUGUCGGCGAUCGGUGCUCUCAAAAACCAGCAACUCAACAGAUCUGUUCUAUCAUUUGAAGAAGUUCUUCCCGAGUGAUUAUGCGGAAAGCAUGAAAAUGUGGGCGGAGUCUACACAGCCUGUCACUGCUGACGGUACGAUUACCAUUAACAGUUUAGCCACAACUAGCAGUGCAGCCACCAGACCAAAGCAAUCAAUCGUGUCAUCUACAUUUACAUCAUCUAAUGUUUACAUUUGAAGGCGUCUUCAUUAUCUCUGAGGGGAGAUUUGUUUAUUCUGGGUCUUUCAUACCUGCAGAAACACUCAGGACUGUAAACUAGUUCACUGUGUUACUAAGUAUUUAUCUACAUUUGUUGUUCUGUUGAGUUAAAACUUUAAAAAAUAUAUUUUUCUAAGUGUGUCUUAUUCAAUUAGCUUUGUUAUUUACUUUGUAUGUUAAUAAAAUGUUGAACUAAUCUCUAGUUUCUUUAGUUUUUAGUUCAGAUGCUUUAAAACAGGCAGUUAAAAAAAAAUCGUGAUAAUAACCGAGAUCGGACGAUGUGACAAAAUAUAUCAUGAUCAUUUUUUUGCCAAAUCGCCCAGGCCUAUAGUCAGGUGUAACAGUCUGAGCACAAAUUUACAUUGAAUAUCUGUGUCCAAUAGUCGCUGAGGGAUGUGCAUGACCAAAACAUAAGUCCUGCACCUCUACAUGACUCUCCCUCUCUCUCUGUCAGACUUUUACAGGGCAGUAAAAUAAAGAAGAAGAAGACAGCCUCCUCAGUGGAAAUGCGACAGUCUCCCUGUUGCUUCAGCUCUGCAGACUUACUGCUGCUGCUGCUGCUGCAAUGGAGGAGAGAGAAGAAGAAGAAGAUGCCUUCAUAAACUCAUUCAUUUACACACAUCACCUCCUCCAAUGCGUUUGGGCAGCUUGUGGCAUUUACCACCGAGACAGGAAUAAAUAAAUGUCGUUUUUUGGUAUCCACCCAUUCCUAAAAAUACUGCCGUCGGUGCUCUGAGAGCUGCAUCCCGGAAUUUUCCAAAGAAAGGACGCCGGGUUAUGGACGCCGUCGGUGGGGCUGUGUACCGAGGAGACUUCCCUCGGAUAAUAAAAAGACGGAUCAGUGUUUUCUUCUCUGUUUUUGAGGCUGGAUCAGUGAGUUUUUAACCGAAUCACAGUCCGUUUAGGAGGAGCAGACUGCUGGUUUCGGGGCAGAAGGUUAGCCGCUGUCUAAAACUGUCACUUUGCUUCAUCAGCACACACACACACACACACACACACACACACACACACACACACACACACACACACACACACAAGGAAUGACCGUUGGCGGAUACGCGAACUGUGAACGUGUCUGAGCAGUUUGAACAAAGAAAAACUGAUUUAUUUCACCUCGAAUGUCCACGAUUCGAGUCAAAACUGUGUAAAAACGUGAUUAAAACACGGUAAAUCAGCGCGGGCAAAGUUAGGAUCCCCAACAGCCGUCAGCACCGUGACUAACGGUAUGAACAAACUCUGAGCGAACUGACGCGGCAGAACUUCGUCUCCGUUCAUUGUGUACGGCGAGCGGCAGGUUCGCGGCUCAAAACACUGACAUACAAAGCGACGCGACCAAAGCCGGCGGCGCCACUUUUGACAGAUUUCUCCCUUCAGUGUGUUAUAACAGCCAUUUCAAGAGGAUGUUGGUUUACUUUUAACUACAACACAAUUACGGAGAGACUUAAACAUUAGACAGAUUUAUAAAUUCACACCAACAAGUGACCGGCGAAGCUGGACGAAGGGAGUUCAGGCGAAAUAGUCCGUAGGAACUGACAUAAAGGCUGGAAAUUCUCCGAACCGUCACCAUUUUAGAUCUUUUCCCCUCAGUGUUGGGUCAACAUUUUACUUGAACACUGAAGCCCAAAGUUUGAGCGGUCAUUGUACAAGAAAAAGCCCGUAAAGAAACUUCUGAAAUCAAUGUUUCAGUUGUCAGAGAAACCGAGUUCGCGGUUCUUACCUGCUGCCGGCGAACUUUGCAUCAUUCGGGUUUGUCUCAACGGGCGUCGGGCUCAGCUUCGGUUCGGUCCGGGGAGCGGUGCCCCUUUACUCCGGGUCUGUGAGAUUUACCAUCUUGACUAACUUUUCCUCUGUGUGUCUCCGGCAGACAGGCUGCUGCUCGGUUCCUCUGCUCUAAGGAGACAGGCGGUCAAGUUAGGCGGAUAUACUACAGAACUUCCUGUUAAAAACCCUUCACAAUAAAGGCACGGACUACCUGUUGCGGGGAGAAACCAUUUUCAAUUCACAUUUUUUUAUUCUUUUUUUUUUUUUCAUUUUAUCUUUUUAAAUUGUAAACAUUUAACAAAACAUGCAAAGGAGUGAAGUACAAUAUGAAUAAUAAUAAAAAUAACGAGAAAUAAAAAAAACACAACACAAACGAAGAAAAUAAAGAGAGACAAAAACAAAUAAAAAACAAAAAAAUGACAAAUUUUGAAUUAUUUUCAUUUUUAUACUUUAUCUCAUUCAGUUAAUAUUUUAAAAAUUCAAUAGAAACAAGGAAAAAUCUCAAACGUGAAUAAAAAGGAGCAGAAAGAAGAAACUCUUCCAGAGUCUGCCCCUCUUUCAUCAGAUAUUAAUCAACUAAACACAUAACAAUAAGAAUAAACAAGAGCUGCAGGCCAACAUGACUUUUUACAGUUAAUUAUUUCUUAUGUUAAAAAGAAUGAACAUAUUUCCCUGUAUUCACUCAACAUACUGACUUUUCUUUGUUCAGAUUAACUGUAACACAGUGCUCCUUCACUUUAGCUCUUAAUUUUGGCGGCCAAAUGUAAAGAAACCUGAAGCAGACAUACAAAAAGAGCAUCGAACAGAACAUUACAGAACAUUAUCGCACCUCUGAAUCUCCUAACCCUAACCGACCUACGACGACGACGACGUUUCACAGCCAUUAGGAAUGACCAAUCUGAGCCCAGCCAAUCAAAGACGAGGGAGGGAGGGACCUUCCUCUACCACCAUACAUUAGAAAAAACGCGUCCUGGGGGAGCUUUGAGUAAUUUCGCCAUGGGCACUAAAAAGGCUAGGGCCGGCCCUGGUCAAAAUCACACACCCCCAAACGGUCAUCCCAGCUUUCCAUCCCCUGAGCCAUUUUUGUCAAUGAAUGUGGGAAAAAUAUCAACUAUUUAACUUUAGAAAUAUUAACUGUUUCAGCGUUUAGGGGGUGUGACGGAGCGGCCCUCACUGACUGUGGGCAGCGCACUGAGCCAAACAUUUCCCUCCCCGACAGCGUCGUUCAUUUCCCUCCAAACAGCUCGACUUUUCCGUCCUCCUUCUCUGUAGGAUCAUAGGGUAACCAACAAAGGUUUCACACUCGGAGCUCUAUCACUUAACUUUAACAAACAUUCACAUAGAUAUUAUUCAUCCCUUCACUUACUUACCGGGCGUCCAAUCCCGCCAUCCUGCCGGAUCAUGUUUCCAAAUAAGGAAACAGAGCGCGUGAUUUCCGGGUGUAAAAUAGGUGUGUAUGGAGGGUCAAAGUGGUCACAUGAUGCAAGAAAAAUUAAUUCCCUUGUCAGAAUCCCUAAAAAUUAAUGCUCCAUUGAUUUGUUUAAAAAUUUAUUUAAAAUUGUAAAAACUUAAAGGAAAAGGUCAGAAGGUUAAAAAUGAUUUAAAUGUGAAUAAAUUUGUUUUUUAUAAACUUGUGUAAUUAAAAAACGUCCACUGGGAGGGGCUAGUGUUGGGGGGUCGAAAGAAGGCUGCCUGAGCCUUUCUUUAAAUCAGUUUUUUUGUGUGGAAGGUAACUGUCAAACUGACUUCUGUAGUGCUGCUGUGUUUCUGAUUUUUUUACUCGAGGGAGAAUCUUUACUUAAAUUUUGUAAAUAGUAUUUUACCCUUUGUAGAUGUGUCAUUGUCAUUAUAAAUUCUGAGUAACUUUCCUGUGAAUGCCGCGUCUUAAAUGUCAAUGCUUUUAUUUUUUAGACAAGAUCAUUCAACUUCCGGCUCCGACACGGUUGGUUUGACAGAGGGAGGCUCGCGCUGCUCGUUUCCACAUGCUAAUCAUUAACAGUGGAGCAUUACGUCAGGGGCUUGGCAGCGCGAGGAAGCACCAAAAUAGAGAGAGAGAGAGAGAGGGAGGGAGAGAGAGAGAGAGAUAGAGAGAAUAAUAUCAGAGGGAGAGAGAGAGAAAUAUCAGAGAGUGAGAGAGAGAGAAAUAUCAGAGAGAGAGAGAGAAAUAUCAGAGAGAGAGGGAAUAAUAUUAGGGAUAGAGAAAAAAAGAGAGAGAGAGAAUACUAUCAGAGAGAGAGAGAGAGAGAGAGCAUACAUUACGCACUACAGCGGGGUGCCGCAGCUCAAGGAAGAACAUUUAUGAUAAUUUCUUCAUGGAAAUACAAUCAGACCGAGACGCUAAGACAGAAGAACUACUGUGUCUGUAAAAUGAUUAAUAAGGUGAUUAUUACUUCAAGGAGAUGAUAAAGAAAUGAUUAUAAAUGUUCUUCCUUGAGCUGUGGCACCCCGCUGUAGUCUGUAAUGGACUGGCCUGAGGUCUCUCUACAAACAAGCGUCUGCUGGAAGAGAGUAGGUGAGUUGUGUUUAGUCUCUUUGUUAAAGAAAUGAGUCAAAGUUAAAAAGAUGUUUGGUGUCUAGUACUAUGUCUGUGACCCUAUAUGUCCUGUUGAUGAAGUUAGGUGCUGUUCUAAGCAUUAUUUGUGGCUAUAGAGUGGCGUUUUGGUUGAGGUUUGUUUAUGGCUCCUCAGACCGCUGUGUAUUACUAUCCUGCGGUCGUUACUAAAGUUGGUAUAACUAGAGAAGCAAGCGGUCGACAACAUUCAUCUCUGGAGGGGGGUCUAACUCGGUAUUACCGUGUGUUUGACCCUAACUAAAUUUUACACUGGAAUAUCCCUUUAGAGCUCCCAUAAGAAACUUUGGUUUGUGUUAAAUUUGAUGUCCCCUCUGGACAAACUUGAUUUUCCUACAUUUAUGAUAAUCUAAAAAGUUCAGUCCAUUGAUCAUGUAAAAACAGAGUAUUUGGAUAUCAAAAAGUGGCCUAAGCAUUGAAAAAGUCUAGUAUCUUGAAAUCAUGGCAUUUGAAUUUUCAUUUUAUAGAAAUUUAUAGAAAUAAAUAAAAGGCAUUUCAUUAUUUUAUCUAUUUCUCUCUUUAUUUUUACUUAUUUUAUCUAUUAUUUAUCUUCUCUUUCUACUGUAUUUGCACUGGAGUUACUGUAACAAAAACAAUUUCCCCCUGGGGAUCAUUAAAGUAUUUCUGAUUCUGAUAAACCUCCUUAUUCUGAUUUUUAGGUAUUUGUUUUUAAUCACUCUAAAGCACUCUGAAUAGUGUUUUACACUGUUGACACUGCUGAUUUAAUAAGCCCCCUAUAUGAUCUCUAUCAAACACACUGAUAUACAAUAAAAAGACUAAAACACCUUGUUUUGAGGGACAUACAUGAAAUCUUCCUGAAGAUCCUGAGAAGUUACAGACAAUAUCACAGCUUUUAGUGAUCUGGGACAUACAGUAGAGUUAACCACCAAACCAAGACCAAAAAAAACACAAUUAACCUGGAUGUAUAUGAGAAAAGAUUCAGGGGAAUAAAUAAAAGUACUUACCUGAGUUUAAAGUCAAGCAGAGUUGAGAAGUUUCUGUAAACUGGAUUUAUAGAGCACUGGUUCUUAACUGGUCUCACUCAAGGAACCACAUUUUCUCACGGUCCUUGAGUCGUGAUCCACUUUUAUAAAAUUCAAACCAAGAAAAUUUAUUUUUUAUAUAAAAAAAACCUUUAAAGACUCCAAUCUUUAAAACAUAUUCACUUGUUUUAUUGAGUAAAGAGCAUUUCAGAGCGCAUGAAGGGGACAACAUGAGGAACUACUGAAGGUGCAUGUAAAGAAAAUAUUGAAUAUCUAAUAAACCCAUCCAUCUAUUUUCUACCGCCUUUUCCUGUCUAAUAUCUAAUAAAAAUCGUAUUAAAUAUUCACUUUUUUGACCAGUAGUUUGUGACCCAUUCAGAACGUCUCCGGGACCCACCAGUUGAGAACCACUGGUAUAGAGGACUGUCACUUUAGAGGUGAAAGUAAAGUCAUGAGAAUCCUUCAGCUCCCCCCUGUGGCUGACUCAGGUUACUACAUCAAGAAGGAAUAACUUCCUUUUAACAUUUAAUCGGCGAAUUUAAAAAUUAGAAUCAAAGUUUGGUUUUCAAUAUAUUUUUUUGAACAAAUUAAGUUUUUAAAAAUUAAAUUAAAUUAAAAAGAAAAAAAAAUCACAUAAACCUAAAGUAAAAGUCUGUUUUAGAAACGUGUGGUCUCAAAGGUAUAAAAAAAUAUAUUUAACUUUUAGUGAGUAGUCGUGUUAAAAGCAUAUCUGUUUAAAUAUUUUUAUUAAAGUCUAAUUAAACUGAAAGUAAAUAUCUAAAUGGUAACUGAACAUAAAACCCUUUUUAAUAUUUUAGUCCGGUUGUUUAGUGUGAGACCCGGAAGAGUACGCUCACUUAGACCAUUUAACACUUAAAUAAACUCUUUUUCACUGUAAUUUUCCUCAUUUUAUCGCCUUAAUCGUGUCUGUCAGCGUGUAUUAAAGCUGGAUUAUCUUGUCACGUACUCCACGUAGCGGCGGACCGACAGGAGGUGAGUAAGACCAGGAAGUGAAGCGUCAGUACAGAUCAGCUCUCUAAGUUCUCCUGAAAACUGAAACUCCUCCUGAAAACUCUCAGAGUUUCUGCUGAAGAACUCAGAGCUUCAGUCCGUGGACAGAGAGGGUCGUGAUGAAGAUGAAGAUGAAGAUGGUGGUGGGCUCCCUGCUCCUCCUCCUCCUUCUGUCCGGAUCUACAGACGGCAGGUGUUUCUGUCAGGUGAGAGACUUUUAACUCCAUAACGUAGACUUUAACUUUAGUUUAUUUCCUGUUAACUCCGUGUUAGUGAUUGAAAAAGUAUUGAAUAAUGAGAAUACUACAGGACUGGUAGGUUCAAAAACCUGGAAGUGAAUUCAGACUUGACGUAGCUGUAAAAAUAAAAAAAGAUAGAGCUGUAAAAAAAAGUCUGUUACUACAUGAUAAACGACCUUAACUGGAAAUGUGUUUGUGAAAAAUGGAGCAAAGACAAUAUGUAGACACUUAAUAUGUACUACUUAAUGAAAAACAGCCUGUUUACUGUAUUACAUCUGAUGUUUACCUCAGUGUUGCAUCACCUCUUCUUGUACCAACAGUCUGAAAGAGUUCGCUAACUGAGGAGGAGACAGUUUCUGGGUCAUAUUUAUGUGUUUUAUAAUACAGCAAAUGUUCUCAGUGGGGGACAAGUCAGGACUGUAUCAAGUCAAAUUAACUUUAUUUAUAGAGCUUUUUAAAAAACACACAAAGUUUGAUCCAAAGUUCUUUACAGCAGGAACAUUUGGAACAGACUUUAAACAAAAUCAGAACUCAUCUGAUAUUAUAAGGUGUAUAUUAUUAUUAUUAUUAUUAUUAUUGAUAUUAUUGUUCUAGAUCAAGCUUCAUCCAGGGGUCUUUUAUUGGUACGCAAACCACACAUUGCAUUUUAUCUUAUGCACUCUGUUCAUGCAAAAAUACUGGUAUGACUGACAUGCUUUUCUUUUUACCUUUAAAUCGUCUUUAAUACUUUUUUCCUCCUGAACUGUUUUUUAUGUAGAUGUAUUUUAUUUUAUUUAUUUUCUUUUUAUGAUGUAUGACAGUGUUUAAAUGUCUGUGCUGCUGCAGCCCGAUUUUCCCAUUUUUGGGACAUAAUGAAGUUGAAGUGAAGAACAUUUUAAAAAACACACUCGAUGUUGAGGUAAAAACAUACAUGUACUUUACACAAAGGACAGGAUAGCAAACUGGGUAAGAGCUGAAUUCAGAAAUGAGGUUAUGAGAAGGUAAGAGAGGAGAAGUCUGUAUGAGUUUUUUGAGACAGUCCAGAGAGUCUGCAGAUCGGAUGGUUAAUGGGCCUUACUGUGUUGUGUGGUGAUAUUAGUCCAGUCAUGUAUCUGGGGGCAGUGUUGUGAUAGGUCUUAUAUACAAACAGUUGAAUUUUGUAGGGUAUUCUAAAUUGAACAGGAAGCCAGUGCAGUGAUGCUAGUGAAGAAGUGAUGUUAUCUCUGUGUUUACGUCUGCAGAACAAUCGUGCUGCUGCAGCAUUUUGAACCAUUUGUAGUCGUUGUAUCGAUGACGUGUUGAUACUGAAGUACAGGGAAGUACAGAAGUCGAGCCCGGAGGAUAUCAGGGCGUGGAUGACUUUCUCCAGAUCUUUAUAUGACAGAAAUGGUCUGAUUUUGGAAAUGAUCCUGAGCUGAAAGAAACUAGAUGAGAGUGAUAAUUUGUUUAUCGAAUUUUAGGUUAUGAUCAAAUACUACUCUAAGGUUCUUCACAUGUUCUGAGAGGUGACUGAGAGACGGUGUUGUUGGGAUGGAAAACUAUGAUCUCAGUUUUACUCUCAUUUAACGGUAGGAAGUUGUUGGCCAUCCAUACCCGAAUAUCCUCCAGGCAUCAGUCCAGGACUCUUCUCCUACAGAGCCAUGCUGUUGUAAUCUCUGUUUGGGAUCAUAUGAAGGUCUUCCCUGAAAAAGUCUUUGUCUGGAUGGAUGCAGAUGUUGCUCCUAAAUCUGGAGAUGCUGUUUAAAACUGAGGAUGCAGCAUCUAUGAGUUACAGUUCUUGGUUGGAAGUCCAGUUGUCCUUUCUAAAAGAGUGUUCGAUCUUGAUUCAUCAAACCACAAGACAGUUCAUGGAGAAGUGAUUUUAAGUCCUACUGACUUUUGAACCGUGCGUUCAUAACGAGCACGUCCCUCUCUUGUUUGCGGCGGCAAAGGAGGAGGAAACGUCCAUGACCUCCACUUUUGACUCAUCAGACCAGCGUAGUUUUCUUCUGAAAGGGGCGGAGCCUCAGAGACGUCAUUUACAUUUCUCAAUCCUAUUUUUAUCAUAUCACAACUUCUGCAGUGGUUCCUGUCUCAGUUUCUCUUUCUAGGUGUUGGUUUGAAUCAAACUGAAAUGUUGUCUUUGACUGUUUUAAAUCAAACAAAAGCUUUAAUGAUUUACAGACCAUAAUAAUCUGUUUUAAUCAAACCUGAGACCAGGUCCCAGCUUUAUUACUGUAGGGCUUAUAUGACAAGGAUGGGUCAAUAUUACUGCUUUAUUACGUUUACUGCUGCAGAUGAUUAAUCAAUCAAUCAAUCAAUGCCUUUAUUUGUCCCCCUGUGGGGGAGCACACAAACAUACAAACACACAAAACAAAUAGAGAACACAAUACACAAGCCUAAUAGAUAAAAAUACAGGCUGACACUUAUUUAAAGGGAUAUUCUGGUGUAAAAUUUAGUUAGGGUCAAACCCACAGUAACACCGAGUUAGACCCCCCGUCCAGAGAUGAAUGUUGCCGACCGCUUGCUUCUCUAGUUAUACCAACUUUAGUAACGACCGCAGGAUAGAAAUACAGAGAGACACGCCCUCAACCAAAACGCCACUCUAUAGCCACAAAUAAUGCUCAGAACAGCACCUAACUUCAUCAACAGGACAUACAGGGUCACAGCCAUAGUACUAUAUUCAGAGUUGUUCUAACUCCUAAGAAAACAUAAACUUAAGUCGCUAACUCUGUAGUCAAUAAGCUGGGCCAAUAAACUUCUACUGUGGUCAAUUGAAAAGGUAAAGGUGUUUUUAUUGAGCCGAAUUAUCAAUAAAAUCAUGAUUUUGUUAACAGGUAUGGAUUUAUGUGCUGUCGAGUUAGUAUAUUUGAACAAGAGCACAGUAAAGUUAAAUCAGAUAAUUUUCCAAUGAGGUUCUGUUACUGAAUGGAACUACGCCAUGAUCUACUGAGGUUAGUACAUAUAGGGUCACAGACAUAGUACUAGACACCAAACAUCUUUUUAACUUUGACUCAUUUCUUUAACAAAGAGACUAAACACAACUCACCUACUCUCUUCCAGCAGCCGCUUGUUUGUGGGGGAGCCCUGACGAGUUGAUCACAGAGUGCAGCGGAGUUUCGCAGCUCAAGGAAGAACAUUUAUGAUCAUUUCUUUAUCAUUUCCUUGAAGUAAUAAUCACCAUAUUAAUCAUUUUACAGAUGCGGUAGUUCUUCUGUCUUAGCAUCUCAGUCUGAUUGUAUUUCCAUGAAGAAAUGAUCAUAAAUUUUCUGCUGCACUCUGUGAUCUACUCGUCAGGGCUCCCUCACAAACAAACAUCUGUUUUUACAGGCUGACACUCAGUGAAAAAGUUGAUGUUUGUUCUGCUUUAUUCUCUUUUGCUCUAAAGUUAAACUGAUGUACUAGUGUUUGUAAAAAGGUGGAUAAUAUUACACAGUUAAUGAUAAAGAAUAAUAAGACAGAGUGACGAAAACAGGUCAUGAAACGUCAUUCGACACUCUUCAAUACUUCUGUGUGUUUAUUUAAAGAUGUCUGCCGACAGGACAACCACACCUGCUGCUUUCUCUAACAAAAACAGACCUGAAGGAGAGAGCGCGCUCAGCCAUAACUACAGUUUGAUCAUGUGAUCAGCAGUCGAAUCUUCCUCUGUCUCGUUAUUCGUAUAAAAUGUGUGUAGAUGUGCUUUAGACAGACUUCAGUCAACCUCAGAGUGAAAAAAACACCAAAACAAACGUCUCUCUGUGAUGUUCAUGUCCACGCAGCUCACAGGUGACCUGGACGACUGCACCUGUGACGUGGAAACCAUCGACAAGUUCAACAACGAGCAACUUUUCCCCAAACUGAAGAAACUUCUGGAGUCCGACUAUUUCAGGUUCUACAAGGUAAAGACACACACACACACACACACACACACACACACACACACACACACUCACAGGUGUGUUCCUGAGCUCUUGUUGAGUUGGACUGAUCCUCCUCGGCAGGUGAACCUGGACAAACCGUGUCCGUUCUGGAUGACCAGCAGUCACUGCGGUCUGAAGGCGUGCGCCGUGAAGCCCUGCGAACCCGUGAGUCCUCGUCACGCCAUCGUCAUCAUAGACGUUUAAGUUAUAGAUGUACCAAAGCUGCUCAAAUACAUGAACCUCAGCUGACUGAAACUGUGUCUGUUCACAGAGCGAGGUCCCAGAGGGGAUCAGAUCGUCCCCCCACAGCAAGGUGAGUCCCUCAGAGGUCAGUCUUCGACCUUCAACCCUCUGAUGUGGAAAUAUGAGCUCCAAAGAAAUCAGGGUCACUUCUCUGGGAUGUUUUAGGACUAUAAAGUGAAUUUUGGGCCAAUCAAAGCUAACCAAUGUAUCAGUGGAGGUCUUAAAGGGACAGUGCAAAAUUUUCAGAGGAUUAUAGAGUGUGAAAUCAACCUGUGUGAAAUCUCCUGGAUCGUUUUUGUUUCUGUGAACUCAGAGACAGUCUGUCAUGUCUAUAUAUGUCCUCAAAAGCCACCAUAGUUUCAACACGAAGAGCAUUUUUAGUUAUCACCGAUAUUCUGCACACUCUUGUCCAAAUACCGGAUUUAUUUGAAGGGGUUAAGUUUAGGAAAAGGGAACGUUCAAAGAAAGAAAUGACACCUGAGGGGAAAACACAGAUUUUGGAGGGACUGCUGGUGGGAAUGUGACGUUACAGUAGUGGUGUGUCAGUCUUGAACGAACAGAUCAAAAGAACUAGUUCUUUUUGAUGAACGAAAUGAACUAGUUCUCCCCCCCUAAAUGACCCGUUCAAUCCGUUCAGUUCUUUUGAUUGGCUGAAGAGGGACUGCUUGCCUGUCUUAUCCUAUCGUCGCGCCUCGUUCUGUGUGUGGGUGGGGCUUAGAGAAGCAGCAGCAGUACUACUGAGCUGACUGAAAGACCGGAAUGACCGAGUUGACUGAAAGAACGGGUCAAAUGAACGAAAGACCGAGUUGAACGAAAGAUCCAGACGGUGAACGAGUUGACUGAAAGACCGAGUUGAGUGGCCGCCGCACGAGGCCCGACAGCCGAGCCGGAGCGAGCGGGACAGUCACACACACGCAAAGGCACACAGCUACUGCUGCAGUCAGAGGCAGAGAGACAACUAUUAAUAUGCAUUUGCACUGUCUGUUGCUGUUGUCUGUACUUUUUAUUAUUGUUUUUAAUGCACUUCAAAAUAAUAAAAAACCAUUAAAAACCUUAUAUAUAAUGUAUAUAUAUAUAUUUUGUUACUCCUACUAUAAUUUUAUAUUACAAGUAGUGCAGUGAGAUCGCAGCGUUGGACCGGGGGUGGGAAGUGGAGAGUGCAGCGGUCACAGCGUCGGACCGCGCGGGGGGGGGGGGACACGACUGACUAAUGACCGAAAUGACCGAAAAGAACGAAAUGAACGGGUCUUUUUACUGAACGACCCGGAAUGAUCCGGUUCACUGAAAUGACCGGUUUUGCCCACCACUACGUUACAGACCCCUUUGACUGACUGACUGUUUUUUAAUUAUAUUUGAGUCAUAUUUAGGAUUUUGAGACACAGAUUUACUCUCAGAUUAACAGUUUUGAAAUUUUUGACACUGUCUGAGAGUCUAACGAACAAGCUGUGUGUGUGUGUGUGUGUGUGUGUGGGUGUGUGUGUGUGUGUCUGUUCAGUAUUCAGCAGAAGCGAAUGAACAGCUGGUCGAGUGUGAGCAGGCGGGGCGGCUCGGCGCGGUGGACGUCUCUCUGAGGUGAGUCCUGUCGACACGGAUGAUCGAAGAACAGAAACACGGAGAACACGUGAAAAAAAAAAAAUCCACGAUCUGAAGUGAAUCCAAGAGUCUUAAAAACAAUCAUGACAUCUUUAAAAAUCUGAAGACGUACCUGAAGUGUGACCUUUGACCUCUGGUGUAAAGAUGAACUUUGUUUUCACUUCCAGCGACGAGACCAGAAGAGCGCUUCUCAACUGGAGCAAACACGACGACGACGCCGAGCGCUUCUGCGUUUUAGAAGGUAACCUUCACUCCAAAAAUGUGAAAAUAUCUGAAUGAGAAACAUGAAAUAAUCUGAGGAGUUUGUGUGAAAUACUGGUAAUUAAAAUGAUUCUUAAUCUGGAAUAAAUUAGAGAGAACACCACGCCCCUUUUCAAAGAGCAAAGACCUUAAAACAGCGAAAUCAUCCUCAGACAAACAGAACUAUAACCGACAAAAUAACAGAAUAAAUCAUUUACAAAACCAUCAAGUUUUAGAAACUGUCCUUUUUUAUCUUCCAUAGAAACAGAAGGUUGUUGAUAAAAGUUGUUUUUAAUCUUAAUCUGAUUAUUCUACAUUUGAGAAAAUCAAACAAAAGUUCAGUGACUGUGAUGUUUUUUUAUUUUGGUGUUUUUGUUUCCAGACGAGGAGUCCCCGGACUCUCAGUACGUGGACCUGCUGCUGAACCCGGAGCGCUUCACGGGUUACAAAGGACCAGAGGCCUGGAGGAUCUGGAACAGCAUCUAUGAGGAGAACUGCUUCAAGUAAACUCACAACAUCACACGUCAUAUCAUGUCUCUUUUAUAUCUCAUAUAUUAUAAUGUAUAUCUGAAGAUGGAGAGUCUUUUAAAGGGAUUCUUCGUCACAUUAUAAGGAGUUGGACAUUUUUCUGUCCCACUGAGAUGAUCACAGACUUUCAGACUGACCCAGUUUGGAGAUACCAGGAUGUCAGGAUUGCAUAGAUGUAUGAGAAUAGAUCUGCGGUGUCUAUCUGGAGUAAAUCUAUCAUCACUUCUUUUUCUCAGACCGCUCACCGUGAAGCGUCCGCUCCUCCCUGACUCGUUCCACAGCGGUCCUGGAGGUGAAGGUGGGUCGUCUUCACUUUGACCCCACAGCAGGAUUCUCUGUCUUAUCUGUGUGUCCGUUCAUAAAAACAUCUUAUUUCUGUUUUUUACAGCGAACACCUUCCACAGAUGGCUGCAGGGUAAGAUGAGUGUUUUUCUGUUUGGAGACAAAGAGAGGGUCUGAGGUUCGGUCCUGGGUCCUGGUUCACUCUCUCCGUCUGUGUCCGUCAGGUCAGUGUGUGGAGAAGAGGGCUUUCUACAGACUCAUCUCAGGCCUCCACGCCAGCAUCAACAUCCACCUGAGCGCCAGAUACCUGCUGGACGGUGAGACAAACUGUCUGUCUUUCUUCUCCCCUCUCCUCCGCUGUGCCGUCAUUGACCCUCUCCGUGUCCUGACCCUUCAGAUCGCUUGUUCCAGGAGAGGUGGGGUCACAACGUGUCCGAGUUCAGACUGCGUUUCGAUUCAGAGCUGACGGCCGGCGAGGGUCCCAAAAGGCUUCGUAACCUUUACUUCCUGUACCUGAUCGAGCUGCGAGCGCUGGCGAAAGCUCUGCCGUUCUUCCAGCAGCCGUCCUUCCGUCUGUACACCGGCAGACCUGAGGAGGACCAGAGUCACAAAGACCUGCUGCUGGACAUCCUGCAGGUGGCCAGGUCAGUGUGUGUGAGCAGGAAACCAACACCAGGACCAGAAGGACCAGCAGAUCCUCGUCCUGGUGUCCCAGUUUGUAGUGAAACCUGUUUGCUGAACUUGUUUCUUCUUAAUCCAGAUCUUUCCCGCUUCACUUCGAUGAGACGUCUUUGUUUACAGGAGACGAGAAGGAAGCCGCCAAACUGAAGGUCAGCAGCAGACGUUUAAAACUCUGCUUUAAAUGGAUGUAUUUACUUUAUAUUAUUAUAUAUACUAUUAUAUAUUUACUUUAUAUUUACUUCUAUAUUAUUAUAUACUUACUAAUAUAUUUACUAUUUUGUAGUUAUAUAUAAUAUUAUAUAUUUACCACUAUAUUUACUUUUAUAUUAUUAUAUAUACUUUUAUAUAUUUACUUUAUAUUAUUAUAUAUAUUUACUAAUAUAUUUACUCUUUUAUAGUUAUAAAUAUUAUAUAUUUACUUUAUAUUAUUAUAUACUUACUAAUAUAUUUACUAUUUUGUAGUUAUAUAUAAUAUUAUAUAUUUACCACUAUAUUUACUUUUAUAUUAUUAUAUAUACUUUUAUAUAUUUACUUUAUAUUAUUAUAUAUACUAUUAUAUAUAUUUACUAAUAUAUUUACUCUUUUAUAGUUAUAAAUAUUAUAUAUUUACUACCAUAUUAACUUUUAUGUAAUAAAUAUACUAUUAUAUAUAUUUACCACUAUAUUUACUUUUAUAUAAAAUAUUUAUACUAUUGUUUAUAUUUACUACUAUAAUCACUUUUAUGUAAUAUAUUUAUACUAUUAUAUAUAUUUACUUUUUAACUGAGGAAGGACUCUUAAAAAAUACCCUGAGUUUAACACACUAACAACAACAACCCUGAAACAUGCAGACAGACGUCCUGUAGGUACAGAAGAAGUCCGUCAGUGUCUAACUUUAGUGUCUUCAACAUCAGGAGGACGUCAGACUGGCCUUCUUCAACAUCUCCAGGAUCAUGGACUGUGUGGAGUGUUUCAAAUGUCGACUGUGGGGGAAACUGCAGGUCAGAGCGAGACUUUAAAAAACAACCAGAAAACACAAACGGAGAGAAAAACAUCAGAGUGAUUUCAGACAAAGAGCAUCAGGUCUGCUUUGUUCUGAUCCGUCCUCUCUCUCUCUCUCUCUCUCUCUCUCUCUCUCUCUCUCUCAUCAUCAGACUCAGGGAUUAGGAACAUCACUGAAGAUUUUAUUUUCAGAGCGACAGAUUGAAGCUCUGCCCUCGUCCAGCGACCAGCGACCCAGAUUCCAGCUCAGCCGACAGGAGAUUGUGUCUCUGCUCAACGCCUUUGGAAGGUGUGUGAGCGCCGUCAUGUGAUCGUAUCUGUGAUCUGUCAGUUUACUGUCAGCUCAGUCAUAUCAUACAUAUCAUAUAUAAGUCAUAGUGCAGAGAUACUGUCCUACAGGUACAAGUACUCAUCUUAAAAACACUGACGGCAAAUAAGAAAAUAUAAUAUUAUCGCACUCAUUUUACGGUAAUAUGGUGAUAAUAAUGUUCAGCUGUAGUAAAGAUUGAAAGUCAGUUAUACAGUAAUAUAUAAUAGAUAAUAAAGACUGAUAAUUAUACGUGUAUUGGGUUUAAUUUCACUAAAGAGACAGACGUUUGUCACUCCGUCUGUGAAAUGAUCCGGUAACAUCAUGAAAAAAUAUCCUUUUAAAGCUCCUGUGAAGGACUGUUAGUUUGGGUCAGUUUUGGCGCCCCCUGCUGGACUAAACAGUCUUGACUUAUCUUGACAUGCUUUACUCUUGACCUUUGACAUGAACUCUCCUCCUGCUAACCUUUCACAGUCGUGUAUUUUAUUAAUUGUUGUUUCUUUACCGCUCACACCAAAAAAAAACCAACUCUUCCUGUUAUUGUUUCCUUUUUUAAUAUAUACAUUAUAUAUAUUUAUUUACAUAUAAACAUUAUAUAUAUUUGAGAAAUCCCAGCACCCCUUUUUUUGUUCUGUUUCCCAGGAUUUCCACGAGCAUCAGAGAGCUGCAGACCUUCAGAUCGCUGCUGGCAGAGGAGCGGUGACCACGACUCGUCGGCUUCAUUUUCACGUCUUCUGCUUUCAUCCGAGUUAAACAUGGAUGAUAAAAAAGCUGCUUAUUUUUUUAGAUUUGCUUAACUUAUUCCUCAUGAUGUAAUUUGUAUUUCUGCUUUGUUAUCACUGUGAUUUUGUUUUGCACCAAUUUAUGAUCUUUUAAGACUGAAGGACCGAGGAUGUCCUCUCUGGGACCGUCUGAAUAUUUCCAAGUUUUCACAAAUGCCAAAUCCUGAUAUUUAAAUGAUAUGACAGAUAUUUAAAUGAUAUGACAGAUAUUUGAAUGAUAUGACAGAUAUUUGAGGAGACAUAAGACUGUGAACUGCCCGUAUUUAAUGUUCCUCCAGAAUUCAGAUUUUUCAUACAUGUUAAAAUAAUUUCAGAUCAUCAGUUGUCCCAAAAAUGGAAGAGCAGUUCUCUGCUCUAGUUGUGUUGCUUUUUUUUGUCCUCAGGGUGGCGCUGUUUGUAAAGUAACCUGGUUGUAUCCCCCGUCACUGCUUCACUUUACAAUCACAGCUGUGUGUCGAGUUAAAACACUGUUGGAGAAUAAAUCUGUAUUUUGUGGUCAGCCUCUCAGA